GCUAUGGACUCAUCACUUUGCCUCAGGAGAAUGGCAUAGGAAUCCAUGAAGGAUAACUGUUUUUUACAGGACUCUGAUGCUUCAGUAAGUGACAAUACUCAAGGGACAGCAGUGAUCUACCAUGAUUUUUUUAAGCAUUUGUGAAUUGGAACACUUUGUGAGGCGACUUUGAUUCAGGAAGAAUUGAUUUUUAAAAAAAAAGAAUUUGUGAAUUGUGAUGUUUUAUGAAGUGACCUCAUGCUAAGGGGACAGCGGUGAUUUGGGACAAGGCCCGACUGAAGUGUGCCGCACAUCUGCUUACUUGGAAGAAGCAGCAGAAAAGGAAAGCUGUGUGGGAAAGCAAGCACGCGUCAGCCCAGACAAAAGCGCCCUCCGUUCUUCCACAAUCAAUUAUUUAUGUGUAGGAGUGUUCCAGUGGGCCAGGCGAAAAGGAGUUGGGCUGCGGCUCAAAGCUCGGCCACAGUGCACCACAGGAAAGAGAGGGAUAAUUGGAAGACAGGGCAAAGAUAGAGAAGAUCAGAGCGCUGCACAAUGAAAGCUCUUCAGAAGAACCAAGGGCGCACCGAUCAGAUUUUGGGUGCUAUGGCAGAUAUGCUGAGCUCAUUGGCCAUGCCCAAUCAACAGUGGAACACAGAGGGCAGUGAGGAGCCGGUGGUGGAUGGGGAACAGAAAGCAGCAGGCCAGCCUCAGUGGGAUCCAGAAGCCCUGGAAUGGGAGCAGGCGUCUCAGGACAGCCCUGAGAGAGGGCAAAGAGACAAGGAAGAUUCCUACUCCGCAGCAGGCAGUGAGGGCAGUAUCUCUACGUCUGUGGCCUCUCUGCCCCCCCAGGCGUCCGGCAGCUCUGCCCCGAGCUCACCCGGAUCCCGCCGUUCUGUCAGCACACUGAAGAAGUGGCUGACCAACCCAGUGCGCAAGCUGAGCGCCGGAGCAGCCGGGGGAAGCAAGGGUGAACGACCAGCACGCAGGCUGGAGGGUAAACCCCCUCCACCACAAAGCAAGAGCAACCAGGAGCUGGGCAGCACCAGGACAGCAGAGGAACACCUGACCAUCCUGCCCAUCACGGACAAGGAGCUGGAGUGGAGGGAUGGCCUGCCAGUCUCUGAAGAUGCUUCAAGCAUCCUGCAGUCCCACAGUCACCAUUCUGAUUCCUUACAGGGCUCCACCUCACUGGGCCCUAUACAGAAUACACAAUCUUCUAACCUGCAGCUAGAAGACAGUGGCUCUGUGUUGGUGGACGACACUUCCAGUCAAUCGUCAGCCACUAUAGACAGUGAGGAGGAGAGGAGGAGUGCCUUAGAGAAAAGCAUGUAUGUACUCAAAGAGCUGAUUGAGACAGAGAAAUUGUACGUAGUUGACCUGGGACUCAUUGUGGAGGGCUACAUGGCCACUAUUAAUGCUAAAGGAGUUCCAGAAGACAUGAAGGGAAAAGAUAAAAUAGUGUUUGGCAACAUUCACCAAAUCUUCGACUGGCAUAAAGAUUAUUUCCUGGGUGAGCUGGAGAAGUGUGUGGCGGAGCCAGAGAGAUUGGCCCAACUCUUCAUCAAACAUGAGAGACGUCUUCACAUGUAUGUGGUGUACUGCCAGAACAAGCCAAAGUCAGAGCACAUUGUGUCUGAGUACAUUGACACGUAUUUUGAAGAGCUGAAGCAGCAGCUUGGCCACCGGUUGCAGCUGAAUGAUCUCCUCAUCAAGCCUGUGCAGAGGAUCAUGAAGUACCAGCUGCUGCUGAAGGAUUUCCUAAAAUAUUACACCAAGGCUGGGAUGGACACAGAAGAGCUGGAGAAAGCAGUGGAGGUGAUGUGCUUUGUUCCUAAGCGCUGUAAUGACAUGAUGAAUGUGGGUCGUCUGCAAGGCUUUGAGGGGAAGAUCACAGCGCAGGGUAAGCUGCUCCAGCAGGACACCUUCACUGUCACCGAGCAAGACAGCAGCUUCCUGUCCCGACCCAAGGAGAGGCGGGUCUUCCUGUUUGAGCAGAUCGUCAUUUUUAGUGAACCUAUAGACCGGAAGAAAGGAUUCUCACUGCCGGGUUACAUCUUUAAAAACAGCAUCAAGAUGAGCUGUCUGGGCCUGGAGCCAUGUGUAGAGGGUGACCCGGCUCGAUUUGCGCUGACCUCUCGAGGGGCUGACAGCAGCACAGUACGCUUCGUCCUGCAUUCUUCCUCAGUGGAUAUCAGCAGGUCUUGGGUUAGUGAUGUGAGCCAGAUCCUGGAGACCCAGCGCAACUUCCUCAACGCCCUACAGUCGCCUAUAGAGUACCAGCGGAGGGAGAGUAAAAGUAACAGCCUGGGCCGAAGUAUGAAGGCUCCUGUGUCUGCAGCCUCCAGUCUAAGGCCUCACUCCUCAGCCUCCAUCGACAGGCAGAGAGUGCCCUGCCUGCAUGCCUACAACUCCUCACUGCCCACCCUCUACCUGCCCAGCCAGGGUCCCGCCAACACACACACAGAGUUAACGCAAGAGCAGCGCAGCAUGCUGGAGUCCAGGCUUGAGUCCCAGACGGUGUCCCCAACUCAUGUGCAGCUGGCCUUCAGGGAAGAGCCCCCACUCUCCCAAACUCCACUCCUUUGCCAGACAGUGUCCAAUGGCGUCUAUCUCCCCAACACACAGAACUCACAGCGUACAGGAGAGGGUGGUCCCAGAGCCCCAGGCCCCUCCUCCAGUCUACAACACCCCAAUAACCUGGCUCAGCUGGAUGAGGACGACCUGUGAACCUUGAUGUUUGACUUUGUGUGCCCUGAGAGUCGGCCAUAACCUGGACGUGCCCACUCCGGCCACCUUCACUAGUGGAUUCACUGAGGUGAUUUAGCCUCGUGCUGUCUAUUUUUCGUUCCCUGACACUCUGAAGUGAAUGACCAAGUGAAAAAUGACAUUUUCUUUCUUUUCUGACUUUCUUUUUUUCCAAUGGCAGUGUUUUUUUUGUUUUUUUUUUCUCAAAAGAGAAAUAACCAUUCCUGCACUGGGCGGUCACUGGAGUUGGAAUAAUUUUUUAUGACUGUAUGUAUGGGUCUGUAUGAGUGUAGAUGUGUGCAUGGGUGGUGGAAAUCGCCUUGAUAUUGUAGACAUGCUGAGUAUUUUCCCUCAACAAUGUGCUUUGCAACAGAGGACUAAUCAAAGACAUUAAGGAGCCUGCAUGCGGCUCACGCUCGAUUCAACAAGGCCUCUUUAUGAAGGCUCUAAUUCAAUUUCCAGCCUUUAUUCAGUGACCUGCUGGCCUACGUAUAUUUUUCUGAAGGACCCAAUAGGAAAAAAAAGACUGAAAAUGCAACUAAUUUGUAUAUACUGUACGUCGAGGACAUAUCGGCAUAUUACUUGUGUGCAUGAAGACGCAGUGGCUUAGCUCUUUCUCGCUUCACUGAAUACGGAAGCGUCCAGUUCUGUUUCUGAAUUCUGUUUGACUGUAUGGUGCCGUCUGAUCUAAGCAGAAAGGGUGCAGGCACGGCGCCCCUAGAGACACUCCGCUGACUGGGGGGGUCACUCGCUUCUUGCAUCUGCAGCAGCUGCUGUUGGACAGCCCGCUGACAGUCUUCAGCCUCGGACAAGGACGCUCUGAGUGUGCUCUGGGAAUAACACACUGUUCUACCUGAUAAGGAGAAAAGUGCUGUUGUAAUGACAGAAGACAACAUAGUGAGAAGUCUUACAGUACGCCAGUCUUCAUGUGUGAUUAAGGAACGUGUUUCGGCUCCUGCUGGCCCCUCACCUCACGACCUUCCUCUCUGUUCAUUCUAUAGUUAAAAGGGGAGGGAUUUUAAUAGCAUAUCAGGUAUAAAGAUUCUGAUGAGGACUGAGAAUCAGAUUUAAGAAACUUCUCCCUGACUGUCUAUCACUAAGUGCCAAAAAAGCAGUUACCAGUGCCCUUAAGCGCAUGCUUUGAAAACUAAAGCAUCCAGGAUGAGCAGAGUUCAAUUUUAGGUGAUAUAUAUAAAUGUAUAUAUUUAGUCAUGUCCAAAAGUCAGACACCCUUCAUUAGUUUGAUUUCCAGUCAACGGUAGUAUAGUAUCCAUCCAUCCAUUUUCUAAGCCGCUUCUCCGUCAGGGCCACGGGGGGUGCUGGAGCCUAUCCCAGCAGUCAUCGGGCGGAAGGCAGGAUACACCCUGGACAGGUCGCCAGUCCAUCGCAGGGCACGGUAGUAUAGUAGUACAAGUUAUUCUUUUUUCACUGCUAGGACAAAAAGCAUUUGUGUUACAUUACACAGAAGCUUCCACAACUAAAUAUAAUAUCAGCAUUAUUCAGUGUGUCCACUCUGCCUUUAGUACAGCUUUCAUUCUUUUCAGGCUUGAGUUCAGUUUUUUUAGAAAUGUUCUUUCACACCUCCAAAGUUCUUAGAAUUUAGUUGAAUUUUUUGCUUUCAAUGAUUCAAGUAAUCCAAAUUACAGGAUUCAUCAGUGCAUUGAAAAGUCCAGUUUCAUUGCUGUAGUUCAAUUUUUUUUUGUCAAUUUCUUUUUCUCAAUAAUAGUUUUCUUGGCAGCUGCACAACCUCAUAGAGCCAUAGCGCUAAGUUCUCCUCUCACAGUGGAAGGAUGAACAGAAACACUUGUGGUCUACCAUGUCUUGCAUGGUUGUUGAUCCCAUUUUCCAUACAUCUUUUAAUACUUUUUGAAACUCCUUUUUUUUCACUUAUUUUAUUUUGACUCUUUACUUUCUUAUGCAAGUGGAUUAUUUUAUGUUGAAUCUCCUCAGAAAUAUCUCCCGAAUAAUAACUUGUACAAAUUUUGACUGGAUAUUAAAUAAAUGAAGGGUAAUCUAUAUAUAUAUAUAUAUAUAUAUAUAUAUAUAUAUAUAUAUAUAUAAACCUAUGUAUAUUAAUAUUCAGUGCAGGUGUUGAAUUCUGAAUUUGGAAAGGAUCCUACUAUUAUUGUCCAUAUUCCAUUAUCUGGAAGAAACAUUAAUGCCAGAAAACCUUUUAUGUAGAAUUUUGAUUUGCUGAUUGUAAAAUAUAUCACAUUAAUUUAUAAAUGUGCCGACCACUCCGUGAAUAUGUUCCUAAAUCCUGUCUGAAACCAUCAGACUAAUGUGACAUUGGCCAUUUUUGUAUUUCUUUUGUAAAUUGUACAAGACAUCACCUUCCUCAUAGCAUCUUUAUCACAUCAGCCUCAAAAGAGGACAGACUGUAUUGAAAAAUGAAAAUGCAGUGACUUGCAAGCAGUUUCAAAAUUCGCUUUGCCAAUUGCACUGUGUAACCAGUAGAGGGCAGCAGAAGGCUUUGGCACUGCUGCAGCACCACUGAUCUUUUCUGCUGCUCCAUCCAGGACCAGUUUUCUAAAAGCACUGCAGUGUCCAAGUCACAUGAACUUUUAAAGUAGGUGUCCAAAGGGAUGCUUGUUUUGCCACUUUAUUAGAAGACUUGUGCUUUCGGGAAGCUCCCCCCUCAAUCAGAGCUGCAAAGCUGCACCAAAGCUCGCAUAUUUUAAUAUUGGCAUGUUUACGAUGCAUAUACCCGGAUAUUAAAAUGAAUGUCCCGAUAUUCAUGUUCUCUUGUCUUGAUAUAAUAUUCGAAUCAUUUAAAACAACAACUAGACCAUGUAGCCCUAUACUGAGUAUGAACUCUCCUCUACUGCCUAUGCACAAGUCCAACCUUUUGCAUGCUUUGUUGAACUGUACGCCCGUAACAACACAGAAACAAAUGAACAGCAGCGGAUAAAGUAAGAGAAAUAAGGAAAAGGACAGACAUAAUCAGAUGUCUAUAUGACUGAUCUCAUUGUUGUAUCAUAUUAAAUAAACUGUGUCUUUUUGGAAUA